GCCAAGGCGCCUGGGAGAGGAGAGGAGGCGGAGGAUGAGGAGGAUGGGGAGGAUGAGCGUCAUGCCAAGUGUAUGAUGGAUGGGUUGGCGAGGUUGGGUUGGCUGAAGUGAAGAUCAUCAAGUUUUUUAUUAUGAUUAUUAUUUUGGUGGAACGGGAUUCGAUUUCCUGGGUUUAAGACCCUACCCUUACCCUGCUGGCCAUGAAGAUAAAGUGAGUGAGAUUGAGUUUUGUGUGGGUUUUAUUAUUAUUAUGGAUGAGGGGAACUACUUAUGCUCGGGGGACUUAUUAUCGUUGCUUGAUCCAUAUGUGCCCACGCUUGGGAGAUGGGUUUACCUAAGGUAGUUUUAGAUGUGGAGAUGGACAUGGAGAUGGAUAGCGGGGGCGGGGUUUGCGUCUUACCUACGAGUACUACUGCACAAGCACUCAAGCAGGCCACUUUUUGUCUGUCCCUGGGACGGACGGACGUCAUUUUGGAUGGGGUUUGGAUAUGUCGGUGUUACUUAAUGGUGUCCCAAGGAGCCGAAGUAUGUCCUAGUGUCACGUAUGACAAAGUGAUGCCAUGUUUUUUCGAGUUUGGAUUUUUAGUGAAGGUAUCCAUCCAGUGGCGGGUUACCUUUGCAUCGGGUCGACCAGACAAGAAAAGUAUAAAUACCGGACGACCAGCACUGGAUUGCGAUACUUGAGAAUUACAGACCUUAUAUCGUCACCAUGUUGCGUCAAUUUGUUACGGGUCUUGUAUUGGCGAGCUCUGCCUCGGGAGCUGCUGUUUCUAUUUCGCGUAGACAGGCUGAAGGUGCUACGAGAGAGAGUUGUCCUGGAUAUGUUGCUUCGGAUGUGCAGCAGACGGGGACGGGGUUGACUGCGAAUCUGAAUUUGGCAGGAGAGGCUUGUAAUGUUUAUGGAACUGAUGUACCGGAGUUGAAACUAAUUGUUAAGUAUGAUACUGAAUCUCGUCUGCACGUCAAGAUCGAAGACGCAGGCCAAGUCGCCUACCAAGUCCCUACCAGUGUCUUCCCAACACCCAGUUCCAACGCCUCUGUCUCGGGGGAUGAGUCCGACUUGGAAUUUUCUCAUGAGACAUCACCAUUCAGCUUCAAAGUCACGCGGAAGUCAAGUGGUGAAAUACUUUUCGACACUUCUGCUGCAAGCUUCAUUUUCGAAGACCAGUAUCUUCGUCUCCGGACUUCCUUGCCGGAAGACCCUAAUUUGUACGGGCUUGGCGAACAUACCGACUCUCUGCGUCUCAACACCACGGAUUACACACGUACACUCUGGUCUCGAGAUUCAUAUGGCGUACCAUCCGGCCAGAACCUCUACGGGAACCACCCUAUUUAUUUCGACCACCGAGGCGAGAAUGGCACCCACGGCGUUUUCAUGCUCUCCAGCUCUGGCAUGGACGUCAAAAUCAACCGCACGGAAGAAGACGGCCAAUACCUCGAGUACAACAUGAUGUCCGGCAUCAUCGACCUGUACUUCCUCUCCGGGCCGACCCCCAACGAAGUCGCGCAGCAGUAUUCAGAAGUGACUCAAAAAGCCGCCAUGAUGCCCUACUGGGGUUUCGGAUACCACCAAUGCCGGUACGGGUAUCGGGAUUUCUACUCCAUCGCUGAAGUGAUAUAUAACUACUCUUCGUCUGGAAUCCCGCUCGAGACGAUGUGGACGGAUAUCGAUUACAUGUAUGAGCGGUAUAUCAUGACGACGGAUCCGGAUCGCUUCCCCCUUGCGAGGGUGAGGGAGGUUGUGGAUUAUUUGCAUGAGCAUGGGCAGAAGUAUAUUGUUAUGGUGGAUCCGGCGAUGGCGUUUCAGGAGGAGAGGGAGGGUGGGUUGCCGUAUGAGACGUUUUUGAGGGGGAGGGACCAAGGGGUCUUGUUGCAGAAGAAUGGGAGUAUUUAUCAGGGUGUUGUUUGGCCUGGAGUUACUGCUUUCCCGGAUUGGUUCCAUCCUGACACGCAAGAAUACUGGACGAACGAAUUCCUGGAAUUUUUUGACGCGGAUAUCGGAGUCGAUAUUGAUGCUCUCUGGAUCGAUAUGAAUGAAGCUGCUAAUUUCAACUACUUUGGCGAAGAUCCUCAAGAGAGCGCCGAGGAACGUGGUUUCCCACCUACCAGACCGGCUUUGAGAUCAGCUCCUCGUCCUAUUCCAGGAUUCCCGCAGGCCUUUCAGCCAGAUCCAAACUCGCCUUAUCCACCUGAUAGUCUUGGGUACGCACCACCGUGGUUGUCACCUCCAGCAUCACCAAAUACCAAGCGAGGAAUUGCCUCGAAUCCAGUUCUGGAGAAGAGACAAGUACAAGCUCAAGAUCCUAUUGGGUUCCCGAAUCGCAACUUGCUUGAACCUCCCUACCAAAUCGAUAACGCAAAUACAGUCGAGACAUACGGCGGAGUCUCCAACUUCACACUCGACACCGACAUCGUCCAUUUCGACGGCCACGUCGAACUCGACGUCCACAACCUCUACGGCUCAAUGAUGUCCUCCUUCUCCCGCAACGCCAUGUCAGCGCGCCGUCCAGGCCUCCGCCCCAUGGUAAUCACGCGCUCCACCUUCGCGGGCAGCGGACACACCGUCGGGAAAUGGCUCGGCGACAACCUCUCCACCUGGCCGCUCUACCGGAACUCCAUCCAGGGGAUGCUCGACUUCGCCGCCCUGUACCAGAUGCCCAUGGUGGGCAGCGACGUGUGCGGCUUCGGCGGGAACACGACCGAGAUGCUAUGCGCGAGGUGGGCUACGCUGGGGGCGUUUAAUCCGUUCUUUAGGAAUCAUAAUGGCGAUUCGAGUAUCCCGCAGGAGUUCUUUCUGUGGGAGAGUGUCGCUGAGGCGGCGAGGGGCGCGAUUGAUAUUAGGUAUAGGUUGUUGGAUUAUAUCUAUACGGCGAUGCGGAAGCAAUCUACAACUGGCACACCGAUUCUCAACCCGAUAUUUUUCCUGUACCCGAAUGAUUCGAAGACGUUUGAUAUCGAGUUGCAGUUCUUCUAUGGUGAGAAUUUACUCGUUUCGCCUGUCACGGAGGAGAAUAGCACGAGUGUGGAGGUUUAUUUACCGGAUGAUAUUUUCUAUGAUUUUAAGACGUAUGAGAAAGUCCAGGGCAAGGGGGAGAAGGUUAAUUUUACGGAUGUACCGUUCACGGAGAUUCCGCUGCAUAUUCGAGGGGGCUCGAUUAUACCCUUACGCAAUGCAUCGGCGUACACGACUACCGAAGUGCGUAAACAGCCGUUCAAUUUCCUGAUUGCGCCCUCUGCGGGUGGUGAUGCUAAGGGAGAGCUGUAUCUCGAUGAUGGGGUGAGUAUUGUUCAGAACGCGACCUCGGAGAUUGAGAUGAGGUAUGCAGGGAAGGAGUUGUGUGUUGGUGGGAGCUUUGGGUAUAAGGGGGAGGGGGAAGAGGAGGGGAAUUGGUUGAAUGAGGUUAUUGUGCUUGGUGUUGAGGAGGAGCCUAAGGGUGCGUAUUGGAGUAAGGAUGGGGAGGAGGGGAAGACGGUUUGGGUUACUUGUCCGGAGGGGGGAUGGAGGUAUGAUGCUGAGAGGCAGGCGUUGAGUGUUGUGGUGGGGCAGAGGUUGGAUGGGGGGAUUAGGGUUAAGUAUGAGUAGACUGGUUGGGAUGGAAAUAGGAAGAAAAUUUAAUCUUGCAAGGAGCAUUUUAGUAUAAGUUGUAGGAAACAUCGCGUUUUCGUUCUACGGCUAUGCAGUGUUGAUAUUUUGAUACGCGGAAACUCAAUUCAAGAUCUCGCUUAAAGCCGCGGUUUUGCUUGAUGGGAUGGUGAAGAGGGGGAGCGUACCUAGGCAGGUUUCAAAAAUGCUUGCUUAAACACGACGAGAAACAAUAUUUCGAGACAAAACUUCUGGGAGUUCUUCAAGCUUCUGCAAGUAAAAUAAAAGUG